GAUUCCGUUUGAAGGAAAUGAAUUUGCUGUUUGCUGCUGUGCUGUGCUGGUGCUGCCUUGGUAGCUGCAGAGGUGAUGAUGGAUGUAUCGUGUCUGAAACAAGCAACAGGAGAGCUAUCAUAAAAGAGGGAUUCCCGGGUACCGUUUUCUUGUUGCGCGAAGGAGAACUCGAAAGAGUAUUCCUGAGGAUGUUUAUGAAGAGAAUCGACGUUGGUCUGGAGAUCAAGACGAUAACUCUGCAACAGGAAGAUCUGCCGCUGAAUAAACGCUUUCAAGAUAUCAUCAUUUCAUCUGAUUCCGAAGGCCACCCAAGCAUGUCCCUUCCCAACAUCACCGAGAGGACCUUCACCUGCUGCCGGAACUUCGAGAUCGAGAAACUGGAGGUGCAGUCGGAGGGCGGUGGCGUCUGGCUCUUCUACAGGUGUCCAGAGACCAUGACCAAAAGGAAGCUUCAAAGGAUUACCUCCCUCAGCUCGGAAGGCAGUGACAAAGCGCCGCCUACUUCCAGCGCGAACGGUCGGCCCCAGCCCCCUGCCUAUGCCUGGGUGCCGCUGGUGCUUGCGCUCGCCUGCUGUCGGAUCGACUUCGUGUAAUCGAGAGGCACGGCUUUUGCGGAGGAUCCGAACACAAAUGCACAGAUACACUUGUACUGCAGAUAUGUACAGAUAUAGUGUAUGGGUUCCAAUCCCUUACUUGAGUGGUGACGGCCUACUCUUGUGGAGGUAUUUGACUUGCUGAAUGCUAACACCAACCCAAAAGAAAAAAUGAAGAGACAAAACUAAAGCUAAUUCAUAGAAAACAACAAAGAUAUCCAGAAAAGAAGCAGUUGAAGUCUAAAAGGUUAUCAAAACAAGGGAAAUCUUUAUUAUCAAGAUCUGAUACAUCUAUCUUAAUUAGUCUUAAUUAAUUUAUUUUCUUAUAUACAUUUAAUUGGAUUUCCGAUUCCACCAUUGAAAAGAUCUGACAAGUUAUUUAAUUUAGUUUAA